ACAACAUGGGGCAUCUUUUCCAAGUCCCUCCCCUAAAUCAGGGAACAAAGAUGUAACUAAACUUGCUUGUUCAAUGCUAAAUACUUGAUUGAUCCCCAAAGCACAGAACAACAUGGGGUCCUACAACCAAUCAAACUUCCAACGGUUGCUUUCUUUCACCAAGCUCUUGACCUCCCAUGUCAGCCAAGGUCGUCAUGACGAAGCCCUUUCCAUCUUCCACCACAUGCAGACCUCACUGGCUCUAUCUCUCGACCCCCAUGUCUUCUCUCUUGUUCUCAAGUCCUGCUCCGCCGUCCACCGCCCGCAACUCGGCGUCUCCGUCCAUGCCCACGUCGCCAAAUCUUCCAUCCUAUCAAACCCAUUUGUGGCUUCCGCUCUUGUCGACAUGUAUGGCAAGUGCGUGUCAUUGUCGACCGCACGCAACCUGUUUGAUGAAAUUGCUCACAGGAACGUUGUUGUGUGGAAUGCUAUGAUAUCGCUUUAUACGCGUAACGGUAAUGUGUUUGAUGCUUUGGGAUUGUUUGAGGCAAUGGAUGUUGAACCCGAUGUGUCAACUUUUAAUACCAUUAUAUCUGGUAUGUCAGGAUUGGAUGAUGGGUCGUUUAAGGCUGUCGAGUUCUAUAGGAAAAUGAGAGCGUGCGGAAGGGAACCGGAUUUAAUAACGCUGCUUGCUCUGUUACGUGCUUUUGUUGAUAUAGCGGCUUUAAGGUUUAUUAAGGAAAUUCAUGGUUAUGAUGUGAGAAAUGAGAUUGACUCGCAUUCCCAAUUGAGUAGUGGCCUAGUAGAGGCCUACGGGCGCUGUGGUUGUCUUGCAAAUGCGCGUAAUCUGUUCCGCUAUAUGAAGAAAAAGGAUGUGGUUGCAUGGAGUAGUCUGAUAUCUGCAUAUGCACUUCAUGGGGAGGCAAGAGCUGCAUUGGAAAUUUUCAGAGAGAUGGAAUUGGGGAAAGUAGAGCCUGAUGAGAUUACUUUUCUUGCGGUACUGAAGGCAUGCAGCCAUGCUGAAGGAUUAGCAGAUGAAGCACUGCAUUAUUUUGGUCGGAUGCGUGAGGUUUAUGGUGUGCAAGCAAAUAGUGAUCACUAUUCUUGUUUAGUAGAUGUUCUGAGCAGAGCAGGGAGGUUGCAUGAGGCAUAUGAGAUCAUAAGGAAAAUGCCGGUGAAGGUGACUGCUAAAGCUUGGGGUGCUCUUCUUUCAGCAUGUAGAACUUACGGAGACUUGGACCUUGCUGAGAUUGCAGGGAAAGCUCUGUCCGAAAUUGAACCUGAUAAUCCUGCCAAUUAUUUACUAUUGGCAAGAAUGUAUUCUGGCUUAGGCAGGCAUGAGGAAGCGCAACGAAUGAGAAGGAAAAUGAAGGAGAAGGGAGUGAAAGCAUCAUCUGGCACUAGUUGGGUGGUUUAUCAAGACUAAUAUCAGGUGUUGGAAUGUUAUCAGGCUUCGCCUUACUGCGAACAGCUUUCUCCUGUCAAAUAUCAGGCCAAAAAACUUAAUUAAACCUAAACGGGGUUCAGUAUAAUGCCGUGCUUUUCGAACCAGUGGCAAGCUUCAAGAUGUCUUCAUUUUUUCAACACGAUUUUUCUGGUUUUUUACUGAAUUUUGAAGACGGUGAAGGGUGAAGAUACAUUGAGUUGCUUUAGGUCCCCGGAUGUAUAUGUAAAAAUAUAUUCUUGAGUUAUUUUGCGCUGCGUGGAUGAAGAACGCACGCAGUUACAACGAUCCAACAGAAGUGUCUCUGUCUAGAAUUGUUCUUCACUUUUUCAAUACUGCAUUUCUGAACGACUCAACUCAACAUUGUAUGUGAGCUGCCUUGUUGAAUCAAGGGAUUUCAUUCGUCUUAGAAUUGUUAUCACCAAUGCAUUCGUACAUGUCAUGUAUCAUCCCUAACAAAAUUAAAGCCCUUUAUUCAAUGUAUUU